GAGCAGGGCUCCCGGGAGACCCCAGCUGUGCCUCCCCUGUCCCUGCGGGCAUGGUGGGUACGGGGCCUCAGGGACUCCCCUGGACUCUGCUGUCAGUGGCCACGGGGGCCCAGUCUCCCUGGCUCUGUUCUCCCGGUCCACAAAGCGACCAUCAUAAGCUCUCCUGGAGCACCUUGUGUUGUGCUCCGAGAAAAAGAGGUGUCCCAGGGUCUGCCGUGCUCCUGGAGACCCAGCCCCAGGGGGGCCACGUGCUUGCAGGGGAGCGUCUGGUCCUCGUCUGCUCUGUGGCUGAAGGCACAGGGGACACCACGUUCUCCUGGCACAGAGAGGACACGGGGGAGCGUCUGGGGAGCACGCGUCAGCGUUCCCAGAGAGCAGAGCUGGAGAUCCCUGCUGUCGUGGGGAGUCACACGGGGCGGUACUACUGCACAGCAGACAACGGCCACGGCCUCGCCCGCAGUGGGGCCCUGAACGUCACCGUCACAGUCCCAGCGUCCCGCCCUGUCCUCACUCUCAGGGCACCCAGGACCCAGGCCAUGGUGGGGGACAUGGUGGAGUUUCACUGUGAGGCCCAGAGGGGCUCUCCCCUGAUCCUGUACCGGUUUUACCAUGAGGACGUCAUCCUGGGGAGCAGCUGGGCCCCCUCUGGAGGAGGAGUGUCCUUCAACCUCUCUCUGACCGCAGAACAUUCUGGAAACUAUGCCUGUGAGGCCGACAAUACUGGGGGCCAGCACAGCGAGGCGGUGACCCUCAGUGUCACAGAGCCUCCGCCCAAAAUCCGCUUGGCGAACGGCGCCCACCGCUGCGAAGGAUGGGUGGAGGAGGAACGGGAUGGCCGCUGGGGCACUAUGUGUGACGACGGCUGGGACACGGCGGACGUGGCCGUGGUGUGCCAGGAGCUGGGCUGUGGAGUGGCCAAGCACACCCCCGCAGGCGCGCUGUACCCGCCCUUGGCAAAGGAGGACCAGCCCAUGCUCAUCCAAGCGGCCCUGUGCUCAGGCGAGGUGGCCCUGGCUGAGUGUGAGCAGGUGGAGACCUUCGACUGCGACCACAGCAAGGACGCAGGGGCCGUGUGUGAAGCUCUGGGCCACCCCACUGUCCGCCACAGCCACCCCUCCUUCACGGCCACUCACCUGCUCUCCGUGGGACAGUGGUCAGGCUGUACAUGA